AAUGUUCAAGUUCCAAGCAUUUCAAUGGAUUUUUAUUACUUUCUCCAUUAUUGUAAUAUGCGAUGGGGCUAAAUUUCGCUAUCGCCCAGUAAACACAGCUGUAUUCAAAGACAGUUCUGCACUUUUAAAUUGCUCAGCUAUAGAUGCACCAGGUUAUUACGAAUAUACAAAUUGGGUAUUUAAAGCAAGUCAAACCAGUGAUACUUAUAUUAUUGCCAACAACUACGAAAUCUUGAUACACCUUCAAAGCAGAUUUAAACUACCGGAUGACGACACGUAUCACCUUCUCAAUACAAAAGUAGAUGAAUAUACAACUGGAUUGUAUGAAUGUGUAGGGUUCCGUAAUGGCAGCAGAGACACUUACUAUCAUGCAUAUCUUUCAGCAAUUGAUGAAACUCCUAAGUGUGCGAAGGUUGAUGUACCGAAUCAAGACUAUGUACAAAAUAAAGAUAUUGCUUAUUGCCAUACGGAAUACGCUGGAAAUUGGGCACCAAGAGUAAAGAUAGAGACAGCUAACAAUCUCAUGAAUUUCGCUCAAUUUACAAGUCAUGAUGAUAAUGCUGGUCCUUCAAACGCUAAAUAUUCGACUGUAGGAGCCUGUGCUCUCAUUGAUAAGGGCGAGUCGUUCAAAUGUGCUUUUGAUUUUGAAGCUCCCCCAUAUGAUCUUGUUUUUGACAAAAGUUAUCAUGAUGAGCCUCCAGAAUUUUCUGGAACUACUUGUGAGAAUCCCGCCAGUGUAGACACCAAUGUACCAGCUUAUUUGAAGGAGAAGUGUCUGGAAUUUCUUAAACUUCCCGAUAAGAAUACGAGACUAACCAAUAGUGUUGCCAGACUUGACGCAUCAACAGUAUUAAAAUGCAACGAUAUUAACGAAAAUGAACACGACGCUGGCGCUUAUACACUUACUCAAAGUCAAACUGGUGAAGGUUGGAUUCUUACAAACUCAUUUGAAGUUUAUGAUCACUUAAAAAGCCUAUUUCGAUUCGAAACGCCAAACGUUUUUGAUCUUACUGUUCUGGAUACAACAACUCAGCUGACAGGCAAAUAUUCUUGCUCUGGUUUUAAAAACGGCAAUUUAACUGAUUCUUAUUCAGCUUUUGUCGUUGCUAUGGCUAUACCAAACUGUAAAAGAAAAACUCAUGCAAACUUAGGUAUUAACCAAAAUCUCGCUUUUUGCUUCAACGACUACAGUGGAAACUGGGCACCUAAAGUUAAUAUGACUGAUAAGGACGACAAGGCGUUAACCUUUGGCACUUUUGACGAGCCAAUGAUCGGCAGUUCUGCUCCAGCUUCAAGAAUAGGAGCAUGUGCUAUUGUAACUGAUGAUGUUCUUGAUAGCUUCAAGUGCUCAAUGAAAUUUGGAGCCCCUCCAGAAGCCUUAAUUAAAGAUUUUAUUACAGAUCGGAGUGAACCUAAUGUAUCUCCAGAAACUUGUACAUCAAGUGACGGAUUGCCUUCAAUUCCCGACUGGAUUAUGACGAAAUGCGAAGACUUUUUUAACAUUGCUCCUGAACCAACAACCAUCACUCCGACAACUAAACCAACUACCAAAGCAACCACCAAACCAACUACCAAAGCAACCACUAAAGCAACCACUCUGACAGCCACAGAAGCAUCAGCUACCCAAACAAAAUUUAGUAUUUUCCUACUUGCUAUAUUUUCAUCUAUCACAUGUGUACUUUUCCAUUGA